UUUUCUUUUCUUUCCUCCUCCCCCUCCCCUCCCCCCUGGAUUUUAACCUUUCAUCUCUGAAGACAGCCAUGGAAUCGACGGUCGAUGACGAUGCGAUGGAGGCGUGAAUGUGGUUUGGCGUGGCGAUAGCUGAACGAUGCCCAAGGGUGGGGGUUCUAAAACCCCCCAGCUGGAGGACUUCCCACUCAGCACCGACAUGGUGGAGAAGCAGGGUGGGAAGAAGGAUAAAGAUAAAAGUUUGUCAACCAAGACUCCCAAGUCGGACCGUAAUGAUGGCGUCAAAGAGAUGAAAGAAAAAGCCCCCAAGAGGAAACUUCCCUUCACUGUCGGCGCCAAUGGAGACCAGAAAGAUUCUGACUCGGAAAAGCAAGGUCCGGAGCGGAAGCGCAUUAAAAAGGAGACGACCAACACCAGGAAGCCAGGCCUGCCCUUCGGAAUGGGCAUGCCAGGGAUCCGGGCUGGGUACCCGCUGUCGGAGAGGCAGCAGGUGGCUCUCCUCAUGCAGAUGACGGCAGAGGAGUCAGUAAACAGUCCAGACACAACACCAAAGCACCAGUCACAGUCAAAUCUGGGUCAGAAGGGAACGCCAAACUCCGCCUCUAAAACCAAAGACAAAGUGAAUAAGCGGAACGAGAGAGGUGAAACACGCCUCCACCGGGCUGCCAUCCGCGGAGAGGUACGCCGCAUCAAGGAGCUCAUCAGCGAGGGAGCUGACGUGAAUGUAAAAGACUUUGCAGGCUGGACCGCACUGCAUGAGGCAUGCAACAGGGGGUAUUACGAAGUGGCCAAGCAGCUGCUGGCAGCAGGGGCCGAGGUCAACACCAAGGGCCUGGACGAUGAUACUCCUCUACACGAUGCUUCAAACAAUGGCCAUUUUAAAGUGGUGAAGUUGCUCUUGAGAUAUGGAGGGGAUCCUUGUCAAAGCAACAGAAGAGGAGAGACACCACUGAAGGUGGCGAGUUCUCCAACCAUGCUGAAUUUGUUGCUAGGGAAAGGCACUUACUCCUCUAGUGAGAGUUCGUCAGAAUCUUCGGAGGAGGAAGACGCCCCAUCAUUUGCUCCCUCCAGCUCCGUUGAUGGCAAUAACACGGACUCGGAGUUCGAGAAGGGCCUGAAGUUGAAAGGGAAGGCCCUCGACCCACCCAAAUCCACUACCACGCCCAUUAAGGAUGAAUAUGAGUUUGACGAGGACGAUGAGGAGGAGCGCGUCCCACCCGUGGACGACAAGCACCUACUCAAGAAAGAGUUCCGCAAGGAUCCUGUCAGCAAGGGCAACAGCUUCUUCUCCAUUCCCAAGAUGGAGGUCAAAACAUAUUCCAAAAGCAACUCGCUCACACCAAAGAAGCCGGUGCGCCGGAUCCUGUCAGACAGCAACAGCUCAGACGAGGAUGAUCCGACGUUGUGUUUUACGCCUGCGCCCACGCCUAGACAGCCUGCUGCACCGACCAAUGCCAAGAGCAGGGAGUCUACCACGCUGAGCUCCAAACAGCAAAAAGACAAAAACAAAGUCAAGAAGAAGAGGAAGAAGGAGACAAAAAAUAACGUCAGCAAAGAGGUGCGGUUCGGCAAAGUGAAUGACAAGUUUUGCACCUCGGACUCUGAGACGGGUGACAUUGAGAGUGAGGAUGACAAAGGCUCGAUGCCAAGUUCAAACUGUGUAAAGGACUCAUCUGUAUUGAACCUCAAAGACUCAUCCGUGUUCAGCUCACUGUCCGCGUCGUCUUCGUCCUCGCAUGGGAGUUUGGGCUCACAGAAGCUCACACAGUCUCUGGCAGAACAGCACCCAAAGCAGUGGAGGACAGACGGCUGGAAGACUGUGUCCUCCCCAGCUUGGUCUGAUGUCAGUUCCCUCUCUGAUUCAGUAAGGACAAGGCUUUCCAGUGAGUCAGACUAUUCUUCUGCGGACUCCAGUGUAGAGUCUGUAAAACAGGUGAAAAAGAGAGCGCAGGAUAACAAGAAGAAAAAUAAUACACAUGCCAAUGCAUUAGACAAAAAGAGUUCUGACUUUUAUAAGACCUCAAAUUCAGAUGGAACAGUUUCUAAAACGGACAAGGAUGGAAAGGUCUUGAAAAAACACAAAGUGAAACACAAACACAAAAACAAAGAGAAGGAGAAGGUUCCAAGCCUGGUCUUAAAUCAAGACAUGAAUGAAAAGUUUGUAAAGAGCUUUACCUUUGACUUUGAUGACUCUCGGCAGAAGUCCCUGAUCGUUGAGACAGAAUCACCUUCUGACAAAGUCAAGCUCUCAAAGCAUGACAAAGAUCAUUUUAAGAAAGAGGACAGAGUUUUGAAAGGUAAAACUGAUGAUAAAGAUUGGUCAGGAAAAGAAGUUCAGAGACUAUCUAAAGAGGAGAAGUCCAAGAAAACAAAGGAAUCCAACAAGGAGAGAGCAAGCAAAGAGGACAAGGAAAAAUCUUUAAAAUCAGAAAAGGAGAAAAGCAUGAAAGAUAAAGAAAAGCCAAAGGAUGAAAAACAGAAGUCUCACAAAGAGGAUAAAAAGAAAAAGUCUAAGGAUAAGUCGCUCAAAACAGAAAAAAAGAGUGAUCUGAAAGAAGACAAACAUUUUAAAUUGGACAAGGACAAAAGUGGAAAAGAGGAAAAGACAAAGAAGGAUAAAGCUAUCAAGGAGGAACCAGAUUACGAGGAUUACGAUAUCAAAAAUCAUUUUUUAGAGGACACCAAGAUGAGCGCAUCAGAUGAUCAUGAUCGCUGGCCAUCGGACCUUUCCUCCGACAGUUCCCUCUAUGGGCGACGGACAGCUGGAUGCUCCAAUGAAGAAUACAAAUCAAAUAAUUCUGUAAAACUAAUAGUAGAAACAAUGAAAGAAGAGAACAGGGACCGCAGAAAAGAAAACAAAGUGAAAGACAAGAAGUCUGAGCAUGGGGACAAACGCUCAGAGAAAGAAGCUACAUGCAAGAAGAAAGAGAAGGAGUCCUCAGAUAGGAAUGAAAAGAAAAAGGACUGGACAGAACAGAAGCUCAACUCCAGCCACUCAGAAAAGGAGAAAAAGCGAAAGGAAUCAGUGAGGGGGUGUGUCAAAGAGAAAAAGGAGAAAGAAUCUGUCGAUGGCAGCAGAGACCGAAAAGAUUCCUAUGAGUUCACCAAGGAGCGCAAAGACUCUAAAACAAAACAGGACUGCUUGAGAGAAGAAUAUGGAAGUGAAGCCUUCUUUAAAGACAAGUCAGAAAGUGAACCCAUUGCUAAGUCGGAUCCCAGGGAGAGGAACCACUCUGGAAAAGACAAGGAAAAGAAAGGGGAUGGUGUUGAAAAGAAAGACAAGUUGAAAAGCGAUAAGCACAAAGACAAACCAAAAGAUAGAAAUUUGGACCAGGACAAGGAGAAGCCUGAGAAAAACUCACUUGACAGAUCUUUAAAAGAAAAAGACUUGGAAAGAAGCUCCAAAGAAAAGAAAGAUGGAGCUAAAGAUAAACACAAGGAUUCUCACGGCAAGGAUAAGGAGAGGAAGAUGUCAUCUGAGCCAAAGUAAAGACAAGAAGAAAAAACAUCUCAGGACAAUGCUGAAAGAGAUUUUCUUGAAUUUAAAAGGGAGGAGAAGAAACCUGAAAAGGUCAGAGAGAAGACAUGGUAUAAAAUUGAGGAUAUAUUCACAGAUGAGAGUGAAGAUGAAAGUGACACUUACAAUGGAGGUGUGGCAAAAUUAAGUGAUUCAUUUGGACUCUCAUUAGAUCGAAAAGACUCUACGCCUGACAGGGACGACAUAGAUCACAUUCUAACGGAUAAACACAGAAAGUACUCUGCAGAGGGGAAACAACACUCCACAGAAAAACAGAAAGAAAAGGAACAUAAAGAUAAAAAGAAAGAGAAGCUAGCCUUUGACUCUGGAAAAGAGAGAAAAGGCUCUAUGGAAAAACACAAAGAUAAGAAAGACAAGGAUUUGACAGACACAAAACACAAAGAGCGCAAAGACAGAGCAUCUGUGGACUCAAAUCAGGACAAGAAAAACAAGCAGAAGCCUGCAGACAAGAGGGAGAUUGUGGAGGAGAAGAGCAAAAGCAAAUACAAAGAUAAGCCAGACCAUUUGAAAGACAGAAAAUCCUCAAAAGGGAGUGGAGAGAAUGAGAAAUCCUUGCUUGAGAAGCUGGAGGAAGAGGCCAUGAAUGAUUACAAAGAUGAUCCCAAUGAUAAGAAUAGCGAUAUCUCAUCAGACAGCUUCACAGACAGGGGUCAUGAGCCAGUUUUGAGCUACUGUGACUCAUCCAAUAUCAGCUUGCCAGAUAUGUCGGAGGACAGAAGAGAGCUGCUGUCCAUCUCCAACCCGCAGGACAAAUUCAGAGAGAAAGAGAGGCACAGGCACUCCUCCUCCUCGUCAUCCAAAAAGAGUCACGACAAGGACAAAGAAAAAGUCAAGAAAGACAGAGGUGACAAGAGGGACAAGUCGGAGGAGCUGAGAGAAUCUUUUGGACGCAGGGAGAGCUUACCUUUUGAGAAAGAACUCAUGCCUCUGGAAGCCGAUCCAUACACUUUUCCAUGUGGAUCUAAGGCUGAUGGAGACGAUGACCUGGAUAAGACUCUAGAAUUUGAGAAGGAGAUGUCCAAAAAGGACAAGACGAAUAGUGUCAUCACCAACGAAAAAAUAAAAGACAAGAAGAAGAAAGAGAAGCAUAAAGAAAAAGUGAAGGAGGAGAAACAUAAAUACUCGGAUGGUUUUGGGUCCUUUAGACACUCCAAAGAAGAUCAGAAAUCUGGACUCAAAGAAAGCCCUCAGCUGACGAGUUUGAAAGACAAGACUAAAGAAGACAGUCCAAAAUUUGAUGGCAAAAAUAAGGACAGAAGCAGGGAAAUCACAGAAAAAGACAGAACUGAUUACAACAAGACAAAAGUCAAAGAUGAGAACGACAAGAUUGGCCAGUUGAAAGACACAGUUAGGAAAGAUACUCGCCCACGGGAGAAGCUUCUUGUUGAUGGUGACCUGAGACUGACGAGCUUUGGCAAAAUGCUUAGCUUAAAAGACCAGGAAAUUGAAGAGCGUCAUAAGAGACACAAAGAGAGAAUGAAACAGAUGGAGAAGCUCCGGCAUAGAUCAGGAGAUCCAAAGCUUAAAGACAAAACCAAGUCCAGUGAAGAUCUGAAAAAGAACCGGGGCGAACUUUCAUCAAAAAAGUCAGGUUCAUUGGACUCUACCUUGAAAGAAAAAAAGCUCAAAGACAGCCUCCCCACACAAAUGAUGUCUCCUGAUAGGAAGUCACAGCCCAUGGAUGGCCAGAACUCAAAAGACUGGCUGACAGGCCACCAGAUGAAGGAAAAUCUUCCAGCAUCACCAAGACCUGAUCAGAACCGACCAACAGGGGUUCCUACUCCUACAUCUGUGAUUUCAUGUCCAAGCUAUGAGGAAGUCAUGCAAACUCCUCGCACACCAUCUUGCAGUGCAGAGGACUACCCAGAGAUCAUGUUUGAUGCUCUGGACUGUCAAAACUCCUCUGCAACAACAAUGUCCAUGAAUGCCUGCUCCCCAUCAUUCUUUGAUAGGUAUUCAUCCCAGAAUUCAUCCCACAGCUUCCAGGAAGGAACAUGUAUAACACCAGCAAAAAAUAUGCAGCUACCGCUUGUGAGUCGAUCGGUUUCCUCUGAUGUUAGACGACCUCUGGAAGAGGACUUCAAAUUAGAAGAUGACAAGUUUCUUAGGCAGCAAAGUGCAUCAGCAGCUGCAGAAUUUGAGUCAUCUGCCUCACACCUUCCUGAAGACAAAAUGCCAAUGGAGAGACUUGACUGUCUUUCUUCCCCAUACUUUUCCCCCCAUAUUGACAUGCGGUCUCCAAGGCCAGAGUCAUUGCAACCCCUUCCAGAUAGAGCUUGUACAGGAAAUUCUGGCAAUGAUGCAAAUGAGCUCCCACCAGAGAGCAUAUAUAACAACUAUCUAAUGAAACCUUCAACUCCAAUUCACAGAUCUGACCCCCAGGAGCCAUGCCUGGACAUAGCUGCCCCUCCAACACCAGCCCCUGCAGCUCUGCCUCCCAUGGACAUUGAUGACCUGUCUGUACCACCUCAGAAUGAGCCUAUGUUGUUACCGGCCGAUCCAGUGAGCAGCACUGAAUAUCUGCCUCCACUUGUGGAGGAGCAAGAUGAUGAGGAGGAAGAUGAUGAUGAUAAUGAGGAAGAAGAGGAAGAGGAAGAUAAUUCUGAGGAUGCUGCAGAAACUAUGAUUGCAUCUGAACAUGUCAUGCAAUCCGAAGAAGAUCCUGCAUAUUCUCUUAGUAUUGAAGAGUCUGCCAGGAAGACUUGGGUUGAGUCUCCAGAUCGGAGAGAACCCGAAGUGAUUCCCCUGACACCUCCUCGUCCUCAGGAUAACAUCAUGGAAAACUCUUGUGAUCAGUCUGAAGCUUGGAACUCAGCAGGACUUAUAAAGUCACCUCUUGAGAGCUAUGGAGAAGUCGAAGCUGCUGUUUCAAAGAUCAGCAGUCCAUAUUCACACUCAGAUUGUGAGCUGCCGCAUAUCCCUACAGCAAUGACUGUCCAACCAUCCGUUUCUCCCCCUUAUUCCACGUAUUCUAGGUCAUACUGCCCUGCACAGAUUUCAGAGCCUCAUUAUGAGGUACAGAAAGACAGUACAGAGGAUAUUUCAUCACCAGCAAGACCUGUGACUGAGCCUGUGGACUCAGAAUCGAACUUCUUGCCACCUUCAACUCGACUAGAAACCUUCUUCCCAGAUAUCAAACCCCAUGUUGAGGAGAAUCAAAUGGAUGUUGAACCAUCAUGCAUGACACAAGAGAGCAAAGAAGAAUCCCUCAAUUAUGCGCCUGAGAGCAGUAUUGCCCAGUCUGUGAGACGUGAAUCUCAUUGGACUGACCCUUUUUCUACUGCAGUUGAUGAGUUGGACGACCUGGGUCCAUUUUCAUUGCCAGACCUUCCAUUCCCAGAAAAAGAGAUGCAAGAGCCUGAGAUCAUAGCCCCAGAGAUGGAAGAGAACAGGCAUCUACCCACACAAAUAAGACCUCUGCCAGUGGAAGCAGGCAAGGAUCUAGGGGUGAGGGAAGUUGGCUUACCCAAUUUAACUAAAGCACCUUGUUCCCCAGCUGUUGUUCCUCCUGCAGAGCCUGCUCCAGAUUUGGUGCCUCCUUCUCCGGAGGAGAGCUACAGACCACAGCACGAGCUGGAACCAGAGCCUCAAAACAUUCCAGACGUUCCCGCCCUUAAAGAAAUUAUUCAGGAAGAUGUGGGCAAGUUUAAUGAUCGGGACGAAAGUGAGGGCAAUAUGUUUUCAGCUACUGAUGGAGAGAAUGAGCAGGGAUAUGGACAGAAAGAUAUAUCCCCUGAUAUUCUGACCCCAGUAUCCAUAGCAACAUGUUUGGAACCACUGACAGCUGCGAAAGCAGAUCAGAUUGGACCUACCCCAGUGGUAGCUCUAGGUCCCUCUUGCAGUCCCCGCUCUUCUGCUCCUGUUUUGGCCGUCGCGUCAUCUGGCACAGCCCAAAUGUCAGAGGCCUUGGAAACGGACAGCCAAGCUGCCAGUCAACCGUUCGUAACACCCGAAGCCCCAAAGAAGAUUGAGGAGAUACCACAGAGGAUGACUCGAAAUCGAGCUCAGAUGCUGGCCAACCAGAGCAAGCAGAGCACUGCAACAAGCACCUCUGGCAUUUCAUCUUCUACAACCUCCUCUCCGGUCACCACAAGCAGCACCACCACCAGUUCUCCACCUGCUGCUACCACAGGGGAGAAAGAAAAAGAGAAGGAGCCCAUCAGUGCCAUCACUGCUCAGACCUCCACCCCAGCACCACCUGCUCUCAUCACCAAAACAAAAGGCCGCGCUGUGGAGGAGGAGGAUGGUCAGGCACAGCAUCCACGCAAAAGAAAGUUCCCGAAGUCGGGGCAGCAGCAGGUGCAGGUACAGCUGGUCAACACAGCCAUGCAGCAGACUCGCGAGAUGAUUCAGCAGACCCUGGCAGUCAUAGUAAAUGCCAUCAAGCUGGAUGAAAUCGAACCCUACCACAGUGACCGUUCCAACCCUUACUUUGAGUACCUGCAAAUCCGCAAGAAGAUUGAAGAAAAGCGGAAGAUUCUUUGUUACAUAACACCCCAAGCUCCUCAGUGCUAUGCAGAGUAUGUGACAUACACAGGCUCCUACCUGCUUGAUGGCAAACCUCUGAGCAAACUGCAUAUCCCAGUGAUUGCUCCACCACCAUCUUUGUCAGAGCCGCUGAAGGAACUUUUCAGACAGCAGGAGGCAGUGAGAGGGAAACUGCGGCUGCAGCACAGCAUUGAGCGGGAAAAACUCAUUGUGUCUUGUGAACAAGAGGUACUGAGAGUUCAUUGCAGAGCAGCGCGAACCAUCGCUAAUCAAGCGGUUCCAUUCAGCGCCUGCACCAUGCUCCUGGAUUCAGAGGUCUACAAUAUGCCUUCAGAGAGCCAGGGGGAUGAGAAUAAGUCUGUGAGAGAUCGCUUUAAUGCUCGGCAGUUUAUCUCUUGGAUUCAAGAUGUGGAUGACAAGUAUGACCGCAUGAAGACAUGCUUACUGAUGCGCCAGCAGCAUGAGGCCGCCGCAUUGAACGCAGUGCAGAGGAUGGAGUGGCAGCUCAAGGUGCAGGAGCUCGACCCCGCGGGACACAAGUCCCUGUGUGUCAACGAGGUCCCCUCCUUCUAUGUGCCAAUGGUUGACGUGAACGACGACUUCGUAUUGCUGCCUGCGUGACACUCUCGGACGCGGA